CUGAGUUGGACGUAGUGAAUUCAGAAAGUGCAUCAUUCGGUCUGUCUGUCUGGGAUUCUAGUCUAUCCGCUUAUCCUGCGCGAAGUCAUUAAGACACGCCAUUCUUACAUUUUGGUGUUUACUCCCUACCACUUGUUAGACAUUGGGACAUUGGUGUGGGCCUUCUAGGGUUAUGGGCGACCGAGAUUUAUGGCACAGAGAGUUGGGCGUGCGAGGCUCGGAGGCUUUUCGUCAAGGGCGGGCUUGGCGUCGCCCUUUGGUCGAGCGAUUGGGCUUAGCUUCGGAAUUGGCCGGGCAUCGCGGCUGCGUUAAUGCGGUCACGUGGAAUGCGGCUGGAACACGGCUCAUCUCGGGCUCAGAUGAUCUGCACGUGUUGGUGUGGGACCCGUGGGCUCCAGGAUCGACCUUGAAGCCCGUGAACGCCAUUAAAACCACACACGAGACCAAUAUCUUCGCUACGCAUUUCUUGCCUCAAUCAGGGGAUAUCACAGCUGUGAGUGGUGCGGGCGACUCCCGUGUCUAUGUCCAUGACCUCAACCAGCAAACCACUCUUCAGGGUUUCCACAGUCAUUUAGAGAGAGUGAAAUCCUUGGCUGUCGCACCAGACUCUCCGCAUCUGAUCUGGUCUAGUGGGGAAGAUGGGAUGGUUAUUCAAAUGGAUCUACGGAUUGACAGCCCACAGGGGCAACUCCUCAUUGCCACUCGUCCAAUGCAGAUCAAAAGCAUAGCACUCAAUCCAGUGCGUCCAGAUAUGAUAGCAGUAGGGGGAACUGCAGCCCAUGUGAGCAUUUAUGAUCGCCGAUUCCUAUCCCUGAAAUCCGUACCCAAGGAUAGCACGUCUUUGGACUCAGUUUCCUCACAGUUUUGCACUCCAUAUCAAUCCUACGCCCCCGCCUUGUUUUCUGAAAAGAAACCUUUAUGGAGUCUUAUGUCGCCUUCACUCUCCGUUACUUAUGUCUCUUUCUCAGCGGACGGGCAAGAGCUUUUGGUCAAUUAUAGUGGCAAACAAAUCUACUUGUUCAACCUUCUCCAUCCUUCUGAACCCAAUAUCUUGCAAUGGGAGCCUUCGGCAAGUGCUGUCAAAAAUCUAACUGAAGAGCCUCCAGCUUUUCGACACGACGUGGAAGCCCUGAAAUUCCGGGCUAACAACUUGUUCAAGUGCAAUCAGUACAAUCGGGCCAUCGAGUUGUACAAUGAAGCUUUGUUAAAACAGCGACAUCCAAUUCUUUUAGGAAAUCGAGCGGCAGCCUUGAUGAAACGAAAGUGGUCAGGUGAUGAAUAUGCCGCUCUCCGAGACUGCUUUGAAUCCUUGGAAUUGAAUCCAAAAUAUGUCAAAUCUCAUUUGCGCGCAAUGCGCAUCCUCUUGGACUUGAAGCAAAAAGAACGGGCGCUCAAUUAUAUGGCCUUUUUCGCCGACAACUUUCCUGAUCAACUCACCACAGAAUCCUUCAAAAAACUGAAACACGACAUUAGUGAAUCUGAAGAUGGACCUCCAGGACCGGCUAAGUCAGAUCCGUCUUCGAAAGUGACCCCGUCCAAUUGUCAAGAUUUCAAAUCAAGGUUUGUGGGCCACUGCAACGAGACCACGGAUAUUAAGCAGGCCUCAUUUUGCGGCCCGUGCGGCCAACAAGAUGUGAUAGUAGCCGGUUCUGACGGAGGGAGUAUCUUCUUCUGGGACAAGAACACCACCAAUCUAAUCCACGUAUUGGCCAGUGAUAGUGCCGUGACCAAUUGUGUUCAACCCCAUCCAAGUCAGCCUUUGUUGGCUAGUUCUGGGAUUGACAAUGUGAUACGACUUUGGUCCCCUCUGCCGGAAGAUGGACGUGAGAAUGAGAACGCAGUAGAUGAUUGGGAAUCCCAAAUUGUCGAGAAUCAGAACUGGAGGGAAUCCGAUCACUUUUCAUCGCUCAUUGAUUGGUCAUCGGUUGGCCGUCGAAUGAGCAGUGACGAAGAGCAUGAGGGAGUCAUGGAAUGCUUGCAGAGCUAGCACUCAUGAGUUAGAGCGAGAAAAUGCAUCUUCUUUAUUCUUUUUAAUACUGUUUGUGUCAGACCCCAGGGGGUUAGUCUGAGAUUCUCUUAAGUCCGUAUGGGAAAUAUAAAUGGAUAGUAUGGUUAUAAUAAGAAGCAAUUAAAUAUGGGAAAACUGAAAUAAGGAGUAUUGUUGAUAGAGAUGUGUUUUCUAUGGAGAAAAGUAAAAGUUGGUUGAAAGUUAA